AAAUCCACAAGUGCAGAGACUAAGCCAAAACCAGCUCCAGUUUCUCCUGCACAGCCAACGCCACCCCCACCUCCAGUGCAACCACCAUCUACAGUAGGAGCUCCCAGAGCACCAAAGAAAGACUUCAUAGCAAAUGUCUAUCAUGAGGACGUUGUUGAACAAGCGAUUGACCAGCAGAAGAAGGCCGAUGGUGACUCAAGAUCAGCGCUCGUCAACACCUCGGAUAAUCGAUCGAUGUGGGCACAGAAUUUGAUGCUAAAAAAGCCCAUAAGAGCACUAGCUAAGGAGUUUGCCGCGAAUAAGAAAAUCAAGCCUGCUGACUACACGACCGAGGCGUAUGAGAAAAAUGAUGCAAAAAAUAGAUACAACGAUAUUAUUUGUAUAGACGCUACCAGAGUAGUGCUCAAAGAUCGACCACCUGAUGAUGACUACAUACAUGCAAGUUGGAUGACAAUGCCAGAUGGACAAAAGUACAUCUGCACUCAGGGACCCUUACAAGAAUACGUGGGCGACUUCUGGCAUAUGAUCACUUCCGAAAAAUGCAGAGUAAUUGUGAUGCUUUGCAACUUCAACGAAGCGAAGGUAAAACGUGCACUGUUCAUCAUCUGGCCUAUUUUGAAUGGCCGCCCGACCAUACGCACACCAUUGAAUCCAGCACCGACUGUAGGAAUGUUAAGAUUAUCACGAAACCUGUCUGCACGCAAUCCGAUUACUGUGCAUUGUUCGGCAGCCAUCGAUUACGCAUCACUGAAGAUUCGGGAGAAGUCGGACGCUUCAAUGGUGGACGUCGUCAGAGACAUGCGAAAUCAACGAUAUCAAGCCAUUCAGUCAGCCAUUCAAUACGUCUUCCUUCACAUCUGCGUACUGGAAAUAUUCGCCAGUGUAAGUUAA